GUUUACAAGUUCAACUGGUAUAAAAGCUACCGCCGUUUGGAGACAUGCAUCAGUUAGUUUCGGAACUAAUAACAACACAGACCACAAUGUUCAAGCUGGUGGUGUUGUCUGUUGCGCUCGCGGUAGCGUCCGCUAACCCCAGCGGUGUGUGGGGUGCUGGCUGGGCCGCUCCCCUCGCCGCUGGUUGGGGCGCGGGAUGGGGUCACGCAGGAGUCGCCGCUCCCUUGGCUGUAGCUGCCCCCGUGGCUGCGGUCGCCGCUCCCGUCGGUGCAUACAACUACAGAGGCCCCCUGUCUCUCGCUCCCGGCCAACCCGCCAACAUCCUCGCCGCUGACGGCAGGCCCCUGGACACUCUGAGCGUGAACUUGGACCGCGCUGUUCACUACACCGCCAAGGCCGUCGACGGUCACGGACACUGGCUGAAGAAGAGGUCUAUCGUCGCUCCCUGGGCCGCCGCUCCCUUGGUCGCCGCCCCCGGUGUUGGCGCGUGGGGUCACGCUGCUAGAUGGGCGGCCCCCGCUCACGUCGCCGUCGCCGCUGCCCCCUGGGGUGUCGCUCAUGGUGCUCGUUGGGGACACCUUUGGUGAAGCUCAAAAACGAUAGUCUAGAAUCCUACAAUAAGGCGAAAAUAAUAUAAAGAGAGUUACCUACUUUACAA